CUUGACAGUGUCAAAAGUUUGAUGUCAUUGCUGUCAUACAUAUUCCGUAUACGUAUAAAAAUGUAAACAGUCACAACAUCACGAAAGUACUAACUAGUCCAUAAUCAAUGUUUGAUUGAUGAUAUAUUGAACAGCCGUAACAAAAAAGUUUGUAAACUCGUUAACUUAAAUAUCAGAUGUUAAAUAAAAUUUCUGGAUUUUAAAUACUUAUAUCAGCACAUUUUUUUGAUGUUGCUUGUUUGUGAGUUGCAGCUUGUAAGGAAUAUCAUAAAUGGCGAAUUUUCCUACUUUAGGUGCUCAGCAAGAAACUAAUCGUAAAAUUCUGGAGGAUCUACAGUUAAAAAAACAACUAUUACAGAAAGGUAACAUUCCAGGAUUAGGUACUGGAAUAUCCACUAAUACGCUUUACCAGAUUCCUGCGAGCCAAUUAUUACCAUCGUCGGAUUUUUCUCAAAGUAGCGGACUGGCAAACGCGCCUCGUUCGGUGUUUAAUGCAACUACAUCAACAACGUUAGGGUAUUUCGUCUCCCAAGACUCUUACUACGGAAAUACCUUCAUACCUGUGCUACCACGACUCGAUCCAGUGCCUUUGAACUAAAAUAAUGGCUUGUAUAAAGCUAAAAAAGUUGGAGGAGUACUUACAUGGAGUAGAUACAUUUGAAAAGCCGAAAAUCAAAUUAGAACAAUACAUAACACCGCCCCAUAUAGCUAGUUGCGUGCUUUAUAACAUUCAGGUCUAGAUCAAAGCCAAACAACUGCUAAGAAAUAAGGACUACAUUCAUAAAAAGGUUAAAGAUUGGAACGUAAAAGGGAAUGUGGUUGCGGAACUGAAGUAUAAUAUUGACACCAGUUAUUCCUUUCACAAAAGCAAAAGCGUUGACAUCAAUGUGGAUUUUUGGAGAUUCGAUGUAUCUGAGAAAACGGUUUGAUUUGAUUCACUACAUAAAAUACUUUGAAUUUA